AUGGCGACCGAACCGGCCAGAACUGGUAUCAUCCCAACAACACAGGAAGACCAGCCCAAUCCCACACCGACCGAAUCCGAUUCCACCCGCGCUCAAUCGGAGGAGCAAUUCGAUCCCGAUGCCACAGGAAAUGGAAAAUUACACGCGAAUCCGCAAACUGUCGACAUCAACACGAUUAAAGACGAAAUAUUCACGGCAUUAGGGAAUGGAAUGGUCGGCAAGAAAAUCGAAGAGAUAAUACUUCCUGAAGUGGUCGAGAAAAUAUGGAAGCAAAACCACCACCGAAAGUUUUAUAUCAACCAAUCUUGGUACAAGUCGGAAUGGGACAGGAACAAUUUCAUGGACGAGAUGAUUCAGAUAAUGUCAAUCUUGAUUCGAAUUAGUUUCGACCAAUGGUCCAAGUUUGGCGAAAAGUUCGUCCAUCACGGAGAUCGUCGGGACUGUAACCUUCCUUUCGCCUUGGAAACAUUGCAAGAGAAGGGCUUCCUGGGGGUGUCUCUGGGAGAGCUCUUCUACGAGAAACAGUUCGCAUUUUGUCCGGUUCCGAUCCCAGAGCAAGAGGACCAGUUCAUACUGGAUAGAGAAAAGCGCCUUCCGUGGAUUGAUGAACCCAAAUUUGUGGAGAAAGGAGGCUAUGGAGAAGUCAAUAAGCGAACAGUCGCGAAGGGCUUUUUGCGCUUUCAAAAUCGCACCACAAAUCUCGAACCCAGAGCUGUUGCAGUCAAGACAUUAUCCGGAAAUGCUGCACUCGCAGAAGAGUUCAAGAACUUGAAGGAGCUACGCGAAUGCCUAAGUGCCCAUACACGAAUCAUGGUCAAUCUUGUUACGAUGGUAGACAAAUCAGGCCCGACUAACAUCUAUCACAUUGUUUACGAACUGGCCGCGUACGACCUCAAUGUUUUCCUGACCACGAUGCGCUCUAAUCUGAGGAGGAUACGCCACGCGACAGCCACACCAGAAAGGACAGGUUCCGCGAACAUGUGGCCCGGCGAUCUGAUCUCAGAAAGCGUCAAUCUUGCCGAUGCAUUGGAUUAUCUUCAUAAUCGGCUGAUCUCCUCCAAGCUACACUCAUCGCUCUCCCACAACGACGUCAAACCAGAAAACAUCUUAGUGGUCUAUCCUGAAAGAACCAGUGAGAAUGAACUGUAUCCAGUGGGACAAUGGAAACUCGCUGACUUCGGGCUCUCAAAAAUGAAGCCCAAGCGAUAUUCUGGUGGCCACAACAGACACUUGAGUGCAGAUGACGCUCCAUCAAGUUCUUCCUAUCCACAAAAAACCCACAGAACCGAGAGACCGAAAUCUGUGUCCAACGCUAUACCUGAGAGAUACCCAGGAAUGUACACGGCACCAGAAUUGGAUCAAGAAACCCCCCAAAAAACAGAUUGCAGGAGUGCGGAUGUAUGGUCUUUCGGAUGCGUUCUCUCUGAGAUUGUCACCUACGCUGUCAACCUCGACUUCCAGCAGGUGGAGUCUUUUCGCGACUCACUUCUACAGAGCUCUCCAGCGGAUCCAAAGUUCUACAAUAAAAAAUCCAAGGAUGUCAAGUCAGAGUUCAUCGACCAUCUGGCCAGACUACCGAACACCUCACAAUCCAUUACGCGCAUCUCAAGCGAUGCUCUAUGGACGAAUCAGUGCGUUGAUCUCAUCAGAAAGAUCGUGGUCAAGGAGCCAGGUAAUCGAUUGGGCCCAAGUAAGAUCCGCGAGAAGCUUAGCCAGAUCGGUCAAGCUAUGCACAGCGGAAGAGAGGAGUGGCUGAAGCACAGCCCGCCACCACCACUCACAGUGGACACAGGUGCUGCGAACACGGAAACGGCAGUCUCUUGUCCAACGAGUGCCAUGUCCCAAAGCCCAACUGAGUAUACAAAUCCCGACUACGAGAGAGAUGAUCCAAUCACAAGGAUACCGAGUAUAGCCAUCCAUCCAGUGGAGCAUGCAAACUCAGAACCUUUGCGGGCUCCACACCUUGGGGAGAACGAGGGAAGGAGAGCGUCAGCGCCUAGAUGA